UUGACUGGUAUCGAAUUCCAGACGUUUAACAAUCUUGGCUGUGGAAGUCGAUUAAGUCGUGGCGUUUCUGUUGAUGAGACGAACCGACUCGCUCCCGCUCCCGAUCAGGAUCGAGAUACCAGCUACAAAAUGCGAAACAGCGCGUCAACAGGAUUACGGAUUUCCCCGGCGGUGACGACGACUAAAAUUGCCGCCAGGGUUAAUGCUACACCGGAUGACAACGACGACGAGAAAGAGCAACGGCGACAACGACGCCUUAGAAGGCGAAGCGUUGAGAGUCACGUGCCGGUUGCAAUUCCUUGCGGUGCCACUCCACAAGAAGUGCAACAGCCGCCACCACCGCCACCACUGCAGUCUCCUGCACGAUAUGGCAUCGUGCAACGAUCAGUCGUUCACGCUCCUGUAGAGAGUAUGGUGAAGAUGCGCGACAACGGUGAAGAUGAGGAGUUCCGCAUCCCUCUUGAAGACAAUAACAAACCGAUUCUCUUCUACAACCAGGGGAGCUUUCGUUGCGGAAAAGGAAUGGCUGUUUGCCUCUGA